AUGGACAAUUCUGGGGAAAAUCCGUUCACAGAAGCUGGAGUGUUGAGUCGCAAAGCUGAUUUUAUCAUAAGCAACUCAAAAAUAACCAGAAACUCGAUAAAAAUUGUGGACCCUGACGACGUUGAUUCAAGUCUUUUUGCUAAUGUAUCGUCACCAGACAGUUGCCGUCUUGUGUCGCCUAACGCCUCAACAUCGUUCAACAUCGAACCUGUACCUGCUGAAUCGCUCAGAAACGAUUGUUCAGUCGACACAAAUGAUGUGGAAGUAACCAAAGUGGAAAUCCAUUUCGAAAAAUGCCAGUUAACAGAACCCAUGAGAGCUGAAGAAGUUAAAGCUGACAGAAAAAAGUCAUGUUGUACAGUAUGCUGA